AUGCUGCAUAAUUUCUUUAGACAACAACAACAACGGCAACAUCAUCAUCAACGACGCCAACAACAUGUGUUUCAAAUUAUUGCCCUGGUCUUGAUUUCCCAACACAUCGUGUCAACAAUGUCUGCUACCGCCACCACAACCUCAAUUGCUCGCGAUAACAAUGAUGAAUUCUGGGAUUUGGGUUCAUCUCGACCCGAUGAAAAUCUCACAAAAUUACGCCUGUGGUUGACCAUCAGUGCCCAAAAACGUUUCCUAGAAGUGUCAUGGAUCAAUGCUCCCGCCUUGGAAGAUGAUCGCAUUAUGAUUACCUCGGGAGAGCCGUAUCAUUUUGAAAAAUUAAAAUAUAUACCCACGGAACAGACCCCUAUGGCCGAAUUUAGUAAAGAGUUUGAAAAUGAUUCUUCCAUAUUAUCACAAGAAGAUGGUAGUGGUGGGGGAGAACCCAUUGCCUCCACAACAACACCUCACUCACGGGGAUCACCAUAUAAUGCCAAGGACAUACAUUAUUGGAUAUCGAACAAUGGUUCGAAUCACAUUGUGGCCGCCUUAAAACCCACAGCCAACUCCUUAUGGUUUACCACAGGGGUCCCCUUCGAUUACAACCUUUCGAAAAAUGUCACUACCCAAACCAAAUGCUAUGGUUAUUGGGCCUCGUAUGUUAAUGGUCAGGGUUACAUUUUGGCCACCACCUGCCUUCGAGCCUUUCCACGAUGGAUGAAUGAAAUGCGUAAUCAAAUUGGACGAUUACGUAUGCGUGAUCUCUUCAUACCCGGUUCACAUGAUUCCGGUUCAUAUCGUCUUAACUUUGAUCCUUUACAUCAUGAGACAUUGGUUACCAAAUAUUCGCUGUGUCAGGAUGAUGAUGUUCGCGGUCAGCUAAUGCAUGGUAUACGUUAUUUAGAUAUACGAGUCGGAUAUCAUCGUAAUACCCCAGAGUUAUUUUUCAUAAAUCAUGGUAUUACCCGCCAGAGGCCUUUGGUGGAGAUUAUCGAUCAGGUUAAGGAUUUUGUUGAAGAAACAAAUGAAAUUGUCAUAUUUGGCCUGAAGGAGUUCCCUGUGGGCUUUGGUAAAAAUCUAACCAUACAUCACAAAUUAGCCGAAUUUCUAAAGGAACACUUUGGCAAUCUGGUGGUACAUCCUUCGGCGACAUGGCGGGCAUCACUAAAUGACAUAUGGUCGCGAAAACAAAAUGUCAUUCUAGCAUAUGAUAAAUAUGAAAUGGUACAACGGUAUCCCCAUCUAUUAUUCGGUUCUGUCGAACAGAGAUGGGGAAAUGUACAAAAAUGGUCUGAUUUGGAGGCUUUCUUGAGAUCCAUUAAUGAUAGUGAUGUGUCACGCCUCUCUAGUCGUCCCAUUGCCGAUAUGGCUGAGCUAACGCCCAAAGCCUGGGAUGUCAUAGUCAAUAAAUAUGGUGGCCUUAGAAAAAUGGCAGACAAAGUUAAUUGGCGUGUCUCUCAGCUGUAUGCUAAUGAUUUGGGUGCCAAUGCAAAUAUUGUUGCGGUAGAUUUUUAUCGCGGCACCACGAUAGUGGAAACAGCAAUGGAUUGGAAUCGAAGAAAAAUUGUAUAUUAAAUU